AUGGCAGUAGCAUCCAACACACUGCUCAAAGCAAGAAAAGCAACCAGCACCAAGACUGCGAAAGAGGUUCGUUUAAGAAGUGCAGAGCUGAAUUUGCGAGUUCAGCAUCCGGCUCUGGAGCUGGAGGCACGCUUGUGGGAGCUCCGACUGGCACUGCUGGCGUUGGAAUCGCUUAGGGAGGGAAAGAUGGGAAAGGUGAGUCAUUUGAGGAAGGCACAGCAGCUACUGCUGCAGCAGAAGUUUCGCUUUGCAGCUUCCUCGUCCAAGGUGACCUCUGUGGACUUGGAUCUUAUCCUCCAAAGGUUGGAAGCGAUCGAAAGCGAAGCCAUUGAACCUGUUCCUUCACAGCCUACCACGGAACCCCAAGAAACAAAGGGUUUGUCCCCAAAAGCAGAAGCAAGUACCCUUCAGAGACCGAUGAUACCACCAGAUCGUGGUCAGAAAAAGAACAGCCAGGACAGCACUCCUCGUGUUGAUAGCAGAACCUCUACCUCUACCUACAAUCAACCAAGACAAAGCCAUGGCAAAGCAGAGGCUGAUGCAAGCAUCAAAGCCGCAGCGCUGCCACAAGAAGCUGACACCACAAGUCAGAAAAGAAAAAGCAGCAGCAAAGCAGCACCUGAAGCACCUGAACAGCAAGACCCUGGCACCGACAGAGAGGAAGUGCCGGAAGAGGUUGGCAUGACCAGUCCGAAGAGAGAAAGUAGCGGCAAAGAAGAGGCUGUUGGGAGCGCCAAAGCAAAGGCACUGCCACAAGAACCUGACACCACCAGUCAAAAAAGAAAUAGCAGCAGCAGAGCAGCACCUGAAGCACCUGAACAGCAAGAGGUUGGCAUGACCCGUCUGAAGAGAGAGAGCAGCGGCAAAGCAGAGGCUGAUGGGAGCGCCAAAGCGGAAGCGCUGCCACAAGAACCUGACACCACAAGUCAGAAAAGAAAGAGCAGCAGCAAAGCAGCACCUGAAGCACCUGAACAGCAAGACCCUGGCACUGACAGAGAGGAAGUGCUGCAAGAGGUUGGUGUGACCAGUCCGAAGAGAGAAAGCAGCGGCAAAGAAGAGACUGAUGCAAGCAUCAAAGCGGCAGCGCUGCCACAAGAAGCUGACACCACAAGUCAGAAAAGAAAAAGCAGCAGCAAAGCAGCACCUGAAGCACCUGAACAGCAAGACCCUGGCACCGACAGAGAGGAAGUGCAGCAAGAGGUUCUGGACCCCGAAGAUUGGGACAGUGCGAGGGAAGACUUGCCAGCUGGAUCGCUGCCAGAGGAAGUGAGAGAACAGCAUAGGUCAGACGAGGUGAAAGGAACUUGGCAGGUGCAAGACAGAAUGCUGCAGCCCAGCAGGGAAGAUGAAGACGAUGACAGCUCUUCAGAGGAUGAUGGCUUCUCCGCACAGGUGGUGAUUCAAUCCUGGAGCUGGUUCGCAUGGCAAAAACGCUUGGUAUUGGCUCGUCGUGUUGCUCGCUACAUGGCAAAGGUGCACAGCACACAGGACUUUGAGAGCCUUUUGCUCGCACUAUCGUGGUUUCAGCACUCGCGCAAAGACCCAACGCACAUGAACACGCGUGUGGUGCCUGCAGCCCGAAGUGAAGUUUUGUACACAGCAUCCUGGGCUCUUCGCUGGUUCCAACAUCACCGCUCGUUGACACGUGCUCGGCAAGCUGCACUGGCAGCUGCACGAAAACACCACGCUGUGGAGAACAACUCAAGUGCUCUGAGCCAUUUGAUUCACGCGGCUUACUGGGUGGUGCGCUGGUUCGAGAUCUACAGACAGGUCCACUUGGCCAGGAAGGCUGCACUCUACGUGGCCAGAACGCAACAUGCUGCAGCAAGACAGCCUGGUGGCAUCGUCAGCAAUUACUUGAUUUGCGCCACUUGGGCUCUUCGAUGGUUCGAACUGAACCGCCAGAGAUAUGACGUGUCACGCUUCUAUGAUUUUGCUGUUCGCCAAGCUCGUCACGUUUCUGCAGUGCAAGCAACUCCACUGGCCUUGCGCUGGUUUCACUGGCAAAGAGUGCAGUCGCAACGCAAGGGCGCAGCGGACAAAAUGGCACAAAAGAACAUGGCUAUGCGUGUGCUACAGGGUCCGAAAGCUUUGGCUACAGCGUGGUUUGACUACUUCCGACAAGUUCUAUCCUCCAGGCACCAAGCUGAAGGCGCAGAUGCUGCUGCACAGUCCAGGGAGAUUUGGACCGAUCGUUUGGACCGCACAAAGGUCCUGCGCCUUUGCGGCCGCUGGUUCCAGCGGCAGCAUCAAUUGCGGCUGGCUGAGCGUCUCCAGCAACGCCUGAAAGACAUUCCAUCCGCCGCAGGGGAGUGGAGUUUGCUAAGUAUUGUUUGGCACCAUUGGCGGUUGUCAUGCGCGUCCACCUUCAAGCGGCGGAAAGACCGGCAGAUGCGUUGGACGCAUUUGUUUGGAGCCAGUCUUUUGGCCGGAGGCGAAGUGUCAGUGCAGCUUUGCCUCCAGGGCUGGUAUCAAGAAGCGGUGAAGGGGAGCUGUUUGCGAAGGGCAUGGGAUACACUUUGCACAGACAGGUCGCUAUCGUUAACUAUGGAGCUGCUGAUGAAGACUUGGCAAGCAUGGACCUAUGAGAUGGCCAAAGGCAGAGCGUUUCGAGUAAUGGACGAAGCUAUCCUUUUGCGUGAUGAUGGCCUGGAGCUGUGUGCCCGUGUGGCGCAACGCAGAGAGGAGACUGGACCGCCCUGGGCCAUUUUGGCCAUUUGGUGGUUCUGGGCAGGCAGAUGUCGUGCUUCGCAGGGAACUCUCAACUCAUUGCAGGAGUUUGCUAUGAACACUGCGGAGUACAAGUCUCAACAGCUGGCUCACUGUACGGAAAUGCAAGCGCUUGCAGCGGAACGUACUCUGAUUCCAGUCUGUGUCUCUACAGCUUGGCUGGCCUGGGUGUUGCUGAAGGAGGAGGCAAGAGCAGCUCAGCGCGACAGAAGACUCGGGGAAGCCAUGAAACGACCAGAGAUGAUGAUGGCACGAUCUUCGGAAUUCUUGGGGCGACUGGAGCAAUGUUUAUACUUGCAGACCAGCAUCUCAGCCUGGCUCCGAUAUGUGGCUGUCAGUCAGAUGGAGCGCAAUCAGGGUGAGCUCCAACAAGCCAGGACCACUUACAAGAUCGCUUUGGAAGAGCACAACGCUGCUCUCGAUGUCUCAGGACUAAAAUACGAGGAGUCUUUGGAAAAAAAGACUUUGGAGCUCAAAGAAGCUGAACAAAGGUACACAGCUGCAACAGCAAGCCGACAAGCUGCUGGUGAAGCUUUGAAGCAAACAGUGGACCUUGCUGAAGAACACAGUUACAUCGAAGCUGAGGAGAGGUUUCAGAGUGAAGCGCAAAAAUACGAGGUAGCACUUGAAGCACAGGCAUUGCGCCUGCGUACGACAGAAGACCACUUAGCAGCAGAGAAGCAGGCAGCAGAAGAGACCGAAGCCUUGGUCAUGCAGCGCCACCAAGCUGCGUUACAAGCUUUGGAAACGAAGCAUCAGUUGGGGCUGAAACACGCAGAGCAAAAGAUACAGCGAGCUUUGGAGAAGCACCGUUCAGACAUAGAGAUGAGGUACACUGGGGAGGCUGACAAGAGACACCAAGCAGCAAUGGCAGAAGUUCAGCUGGUUCUGGAACGGCAAAGGUCGGAGAUGGAAAGCCUUGAAAGAAGGGAGGAAUUGCUAACUCAACAAGAACAGCUGGCCGCAGCGCGCUGGACCGCAGAAAUGGACGACCUUCGACACGCUGCCACCUUUCAACAAGAGAUCCACGCAAGGCAGCGGGAAGGCCAAUUGGAGGAGGCUGCAAAAAAUGCCCGGCUCACCACCAAGCACGAACUUAGCGAAGUUUUAAUGCAACGCGAGGUCAUGCAAGAGGCUGCAGAACUCGAGUGCCGGGCUCUCUUGCAGUCUGCAUCACAGCAAGAGGAGAUGUCUUCACAAAGUCGCCAGGCUGAGUUGCAAAACACCGAACAGAAGCAUCGCCUGGCUUUGAAGCUCUCGGAGCAGAAGAUUCAGAUGGCCUUAGACAAGCACCGUGCAGAGCUGGAAGCGAGGUAUGGGGACUUGCUACUGGAAAAGGCACAGGAAAACCUGGAGUUGGAGAUGAAGCAGCAAGAGAAGAGCGAAGAGAUGGCACAAAACUUCCAGAACGAAAUUGUGAAGCUGGAGGCAGCGGUCGAAGCCGGGCAGAUCAAGUACCAGCUAUCUGUCGAGAAGUACACCAACCUGUUGGAAGCUGUGCAGCAAAAGAAUGACCACGCAACCGAAAUCUUGCGGAAGGAGAUGGAAGAAAGACAUGUGACAGCUUUGGCAGAUGUGGACCACAAGUACAGCCAUGCCAUGGCUCAACGGGAGGCUGCCCUGCAAUCAGCAGAGGUGCGGCUGCAUCUUGCAGAGGAGAAGUUUCAGCACGAGGUAGUCAGUAUGCAAAGUACUCAUGAGUUCGCGCUUGACAAGCUAGAGUCUGACCUGGAGGAACGCCAUGUUGCAGCUUUGUCAUCAGCACAGCAGCAACAGGAGCUGUUGGAAGCGGCUGAGAAUUGGGCACGAGAGAAGCAUCAGAUCAGCGAGGAAGCUGCUGAGCGCAAGGAGCAGAACGCAGCGCAAAGGCUGACGAAGGAAUUGGAGACUCUGGAGAUGAAGCAUCAAUUAGCCAUCCAGCGGCAUGAGGAUGAGGUGGCGGAUUUGAAAUUCCAACAUGAUGUUCUUCUCAAGAGCCGAGAUGCUGCAAUCACAACAUUGUCGGCCAAACUGAAGCAGACCGAAGCAAGACAUGCAAAGGCCCUGGAAGCUGCCGAAGAAAAGUUUCGAAAGGCUUUUGACCGAGUCAAGCGAGCUGCGAUCGAAGAAGCCCGGCAGCAGAUCCUGGAGCACAGGCGGCAAUGCAAAGCCUGUCAGCAGGAGCCUUUGCCUCUUCCGCCACCACUGCCUGCUCUGCCAGCUGCGCCCCAGCCAGAGCCGGAACUGCAGCCACAGCUGACUCCGGCACGGAUGCGAGAGGUUGCUCCUUUGGACUUGCGCUAUGUGGAGUCAACCCUCGAGUCUUUGACGGUUCAUCGAAGCAAGGCUUGGUUGUGGGCCCAGGACCUCCAAAGAGUCGUGGACCAAGGCAUCGAGGGCAUUUUGGAGUUGCACCAGGCGAUGCUUUUGCUUCUUGAGCAAGCAGCUAGGCAUUCGCUCCUGCAGGGACAAGAGGACCCUCGUGCGGAGUCACGCAUUCUGUCGGUGAAGCACUUGGUGACUCGCGUCACCCAAGUGAACAAUGAACUGCAAGCGCUGAGAAGUGCACGUGCAGACUUUUGGUUCUUGCUGCACCAGACAUCAGAAGAAGCAGUUCAGUACUUGCGGCAGGCCAACUCACUGCCUGCACCUGGACCAGCCGUAGUGAAGCGCUUGGAUCAUGAGGUGGAGGAGCUGUGUAGCGAUCAGAAACGCAUGGCUGAAGCUUUCAGUGAAUUGGCCAUGCGCUUGAAGACGGCAGGCAAGAGCCUGGAUAGCCUCCAAGAGGCACGAGGGUCUCUGGCUGCCAACCCCUCAGAGGAGGCACAAGCUUUGGAUGCGGCAGGUGCCGAUGCCCAAGAUUUGCUUCAUGUCAGCGGUGAGGUGGUCAGCGCUUUGUUACGCGACCUUCGCGAUUUGUUCUACUUGGUGGAUGGGUCCAACCUUCGUCCUCGACUUCGCCCGCACCCAUCAAUGGGAGCUGAACAGAGCACUGCAAGGCCAUCGGUUCAUCCACUACUUGAAGGUCGAGACUCCCCGAAAGCUGGAACGCCAAGAGCUUCCGCCGGGUGA